AGAAGAUGCAAUAGCUGUUCAUUUUGCAAAAUCCAAACUCACACAUUUAGUAGAGAAGAAGAAAGAAGAAAGAAGAAAGAAAGAGAAAAAUAUGGGCAUAUUGAGAGGCGGCGCAAAUUGUUUUUCCGGAGGAUGGGGUGCGGCGGCAGCAGUGGCAAAACCAUGCGAGUAUUGCCACUUAGACGCCGCACUCGUGUUCUGUCGAACAGACAACAUGUUCAUGUGCUUGGGCUGCGACACACGGGUGCACGGGAACGCCCGCCACGAACGCGUAUGGAUGUGCGAGGUCUGCGAGCAGGCGGCGGCCAGCGUCACGUGCAAGGCGGACGCAGCCGCCCUCUGCCUCUCAUGUGACCGCGACAUUCACUCUGCAAACCCUCUAGCUCAACGCCACGAGCGGAUUCCCGUGGUCCCUUUUUACGACCCCGUCGAAUCCGUCGUGAAAUCCACUGCCGCCACGCUCCUCGUUUCGAUUAACAACUCCAACUCCACGUCCAUGACCACGACCACGACUACGGCUAUAGCUCCUGACUUCAGUAAAGUUACAGCUUGUCUCCGACACCAUGAAGAAGACUAUAAAUUUGAUCCAUGGAUUUCUCCAAACACAAUGACUACCAAACUUCCAGUAAAUACAAUGGAAAUGAAACCAAUGGAUUUCUUAUUUUCAGAUUCAGAAAACAUUCUUGAUUUUGACUACUCUGUUUCUAUUGACACAAAUUCUCAACCCAAUUAUAAUUCAGCAAAUGACAGUGUAGUACCAGUACAAUCCACAAUAAAACCAUUACCAUUUCAACAUCAAGAAAAGCAUUUUGAGAUUGAUUUCACUCAAUCCCACAUCAAAUCUUACACCACCCCUUCACUCAGUCACAGUGUGUCAUCAUCAUCUUUAGAUGUUGGAAUUGUACCAGAUGGGAGCUCAAUUUCAGAAAUAUCAUACCCUUUUGUUAGAAGUGUGAAUAGCAUUAUUGAAAUGGGAAGUUCAGCUCCAGCUGAAAAAUUAAUUGGAAUGAAUAGAGAAGCAAGAGUUUUAAGGUACAGAGAAAAGAAGAAAAAUCGAAAAUUUGAGAAAACUAUAAGAUAUGCUUCAAGAAAAGCUUAUGCUGAAACAAGGCCAAGAAUUAAAGGUCGUUUUGCUAAGAGAAAUGAUUCUGACGGCGCCGGCGUUGACUCCGAUAUUGACCAGAUUUUCUCCGGCGCCGGUUUCAUUGCUAAUGAUUCACGAUACGGCGUCGUUCUUUCGUUUUGACGCCGCAUUUAAAUAUGAAAUAGUUACUGUAUUUUCUAUUUUUAGCAAGGUAUAAUUCCAAUUUCCCGAAAAUGUCCAACGGGUUUUAGUUUUUUUAUGUACUUAUGGAAGGGGUAUUUUGGUAACUCAGAUAAUAGUCAAAGUAUUAUUAGCUCUUCUUUAAUUUGCUAUUCAAUUAUUAAUAUUAUUUUUUAAACUA